CGACCAUAUUAGGCGAUGAAUUCUGAACAUGCUUUUGUUGCGGCCAACAGAUGGGCGGCGAUUCCGCCCUCGGUUGGUUGCUUCGGCAAGGAAAGCCAGCGACUUCCUAGGUUGAUGCCUGGGAGCUCCAAGUACAUGAAGAUGUCGGAACAUUCUGAGAGCACAGCUGAGAAGCUCAUGGGCAACAUCAUGGAUACCAUCGCUGACAAGCUCCCUAAGCAGAAGUCUGAUAACAUCAUGAGCAACAUCAUGGAUACCAUCGCUGACAAGCUCCCCAAGCAGAAGUCUGGCCGUUUUGAUCCAGGUUCAGUCUCUGAAAAUAUGAAGAACAAGAUGUUUGGUCGUCAGAAGACCCUCCAUGGAGUUUUGGGUGGCGGAAAGUCUGCUGAUGUGUUGUUGUGGAGGAACAAGAAGAUAUCUUCCAGUGUCCUGGGUCUUGCAACAGUUAUUUGGGUUUUCUUCGAGUGGCUUGAUUACCACUUCUUGACAAUCAUUUCAUUUGCCCUUGUUCUUGGAAUGGUUGUUCAGUUCGUUUGGUCCAACUUCUCAAAGUCUUCUGAUGUACCCCGGGUUAAGUUGCCAGAGGACCUGUUUGUGAACAUUGCUGUUGCCAUCGGUGCCCAAGUAAACAAGUUCCUGGGUUUCCUUCAAGAUGUGUCUUGUGAAAGAAACUUGAAGCAUUUUGUAUUGGCAAUUGUCGGAUUGUGGGCUGCUUCUGUAGCUGGGAGCUGGUUCAAUUUACUAACCGUCAUUUACAUUGGGUUUGUAUGCGCUCACACGCUCCCUGUGCUGUACGAGAAGUACGAGGACCAGGUCGACGACUUCCUCUACAACAUCCUCGGUCUGCUCCGAGACCAGUACCAGAAACUCGACAGCGGCGUCCUGCGCAGGAUACCCAAGGGGAACAAGAAGAGCGAGUAGAUUAGAUUAGAUGGGGCACUCAUGAUUAUCGAGUGAAAAUCCCCGCUAUUAUUCCGCUUAGCCGUGUGCUGCAGACCUGUAGUGUCAAGUGUCAUUUGAGAGCGUGUAUGUGCUCAAGUGCUUCCUGAACACAACGUUGGUUUAAAUCCAACGCGAUGCAUGCAAUGUUCUCCUAGCUAUUAGUGGGAUGCUGCUCAACAAAAUUGGUGGGAUAAUAAGCUGUAUGCAUAUAUUGGAAGUUGAGCUCGAAUUGGUCGUGCUUUGCCAAA